AUGUUUAACCGAGCGAGGUGGUUGAUGGUAGCGAUUGCGGCGGUGUUGGCCAUACAGUCGAGAGGUGAUGGCGGUAUUAGAUUACCCGACCAGCCUCCAAAAGAGGAGAAUGAAGAAAGAUCUUUGCAUUAUAAUGAUGAUCGUGGAAGAUCGCCCGAAGCUCAAGGCAGGGGUUUCCUAGACUGGAUAGGGUUAGGUGAGGAUGAAGACCCGUAUAUCCAAAAAGCAACCCAGCAGUGCAUAAAUGGUGACCUGGCAGAUUGUUUCAAAGCCCAAGCUUUGAGAUCCUUUGACGAUUUCUUCGAUAAACCAUCCUACCAACUAUCAGACAACGCGAUUUUACGUAAAGUAGAAUCCCAGGCACGAGCGCUAGCAAGAGAGCCACCGCAGUUGAGUUCACAACCGCGAAGUGAGGACUCAGAUUGGGAUUCCCUCGUCAAAUAUGGCAUGAGAAAAAUUGAAAGGUUUUUAAGAUCUACUGCGUUGGAGUUUGAAUUAGACGACGACGUGACAUCUAACGGUGUUAUUGCUCCAAGGUUCCUUGACGAGAUCGCUGACGAAGUUGACAUUAUUGAGGAUAAGAAGGCACCUCCUUUCCGCCGCCAUAACCUCAAGAAGCUUAUAAUUCCCAUGUUGCUGAUCCUUAAGCUGUUCAAGCUCAAGCUGCUGUUGUUCCUUCCCCUCAUACUUGGCCUCGCCAGUUUCAAGAAGUUCCUCGGAUUUAUGGCUCUUAUCGUACCAGGUGUAAUUGGUUACUUCAAAUUCUGCAAGCCCAACCUCUCCUCACCGUUCUCGUCCAACCACUACUCAGGCCCGCAGUACUCUCCCGCUGGUAUAGGCCUUAGUCCGUACAGAGAAGGACACGGACCAGCACAAUAUGGUCAUUAUGAGAACUACGCUGGUAACCAUUACAACAAAUACGGGUCUAACGGCGUUGCAUUCCGAGAACACGAUGUAAGCCCUCAAGACCUCGCCUACCAAGGAUGGGAGUAUAGAAGUAAAAAUGGCGCUGACAUAAAAGCUGAAACUGCU